AUUAUUCAUUCCGUCGUCCGCCACCCAAUCGUUCACAUCAUACUCAAUAACUCUACUCGCCUCGACAGUCGAUCAUAAAUUAUUGGUAUUAUGACUCGCCAUCUGAUCUUUGUGGUGUUGGUCGGAGUGUCCGUCUGGAUGAUGGAAGCCAAAGCUAUUCCGGCCAUCAAGCGUCGUCCGUCGUUGCAGAGUAACAUGCGCUCCUUGUUCAGCUCCUUGGAGGUGGACGACAUGGUUCAUUCGUCGGCCGUUCCGGCGAUGAUGAUGAUGCCAUCCUUCGUCUACUACCACGUCAUCUCGCCCUUUCACAGCCCCUUUCACCGGAUGGCUAAAUCGAUGAUGCCAAUGUGGUCGAAUUUCGGGUUCGAGUCAUCUGAGGAAGAUGAAGAAGAAGAAGAAGAAGAAGAAGAGGCUGAAGAAUCAAAGAAAAUUGAAGAAAUAGCAAAAGUUGAAUCAAAGAAAUUAGUAAAAGAAUCCGGAAUCAAUCAAUCAUCCAGCGCGGAAGAGAAAGAAUCCAACGUGGAAUCACCACAAGAAGAAGAAGAAACUCAAACUGAAAACGAACAACAAUUCACCACCGAAAGUGUUACAGAAGAGACGCAAUCCAUUGAUGGAAACGAGGACCAAGUUCCGACGACGGAAUUCCCAGCCGCCAAUACGGAAUCGACCGAUCCGCCAGCCACAGAAGAAGAGAAUUCGAUUAAUACAGAGGCAACAACCACCGAAUUUCAACAGAUGGACGAUAAGGCUAUUAUCGUAGAGGAUCAACUCUUGAUAACAAAAUCGCCCAGUCAUCCGGUGCAAACGUCAUCCGGAAGGUUGUCGUCGACGACUUACGUGUGCAAAUUCGGCAAGUGCCAGCACACGAUGGAAGCCAAAAAAUUACUGGAACAAGAAAUCGAAGCCGAAUUAUGGGCGAAAUUGUAACCACCCCAUCAAUCCAAAUCAAUUUUUUAUUUAAAAAAAGAACUGGCUUAUAUAUAAUAAUCCUAACUAUCAAAUUUUAGAUUUAUCGACAAAUGAAUUUUUAUAACUUGACUGAUUGACUAUUUUGAAAGACAACAACAACAACAACAAAAAAUGGUCUGUGGUUUUUGUCCUAAAUGGUUUCGCUCGAAAUAUCUUUCCUGUGCAUUAUUCAUUGUGACACCUGUUGUCCGAUUAUUAAAAUGGGAACUUGCGAUAAUUACAUAAUGGGUAAAUACCCUUGCACGAUCUUGAAAACGUCGGCCCCCCUCCUUUUGUGGUGUUCCUCUCUAUGAAUUUGUCAACCUUGGAUCGAACGAAAAUAGCUGGCUGAUUAUGGCAAUGCACGUUUCCUAUACUGGCAUUUGAUUGCAUUCUUCUCUUAUUUUUUUUUAUUGUUGUUUUCAACUGCCGUUGUUUGUUUGCUGAACAAUUAUUUAGCGUGGUUAGACGAAUGCCUCGGUUUGGCCUUGGGAAACAUCUUGCCAUUCGAUAAUUAGAGAACUUAUUGCGUUGUUGUCUAAUUCGACCAUCACGUUUCGUGAAAUCGUCCGUUUCCAUUAGAGCUGAUGCGCCGUCACGAAUCUCACGAUCAACUGACGUGCGGUCACGAAUUAUUUAUUCAGCAUCAGCUUUUGGUUGAGUUGGCCAGAUGGCGCUGACCGUCGUCUGCAUUCCGAAUUCAAAAAAUUUGUUUUUGGUGGCUGCUGGAAAAGAAUUUAGGAAUUGCAUAAUAUAAUAGACGUGAAUACAAAUCUGUGUACACCUCAGCCACACAUGACAAUUUAAAAAGGAAAUCAGAUUAUUUGUGUGCAUUCCUUGUUUUACUAAAACAACGAGGAAAAGUUCCUAGAAAAUGUGAAUCAAGCAUGGCUGGUGUGUCUGGAGUGUCGGCAGCGUAUCGCAUCAAAUAUCCGGUAACCCCAGGUCUGCUGGGUCAAUAACUCUAUAUACGACCACACACACGACGCUGGGGGCCUGCAAAGUCACAGCAGCUAAAAGGAUUCGACUGGCACUUGAUGAUUGAAGCUCACAAGGGUCGCCAUCACAGCGCCAAAGGAGGAGGAGGCGGAGUGGCCAGCACCUUGCUGGGCGCGUCACAGCAUUGGGAUAACAACGUGGACAAGAGUUACAGUGGCAGCAACGCCAGCAAUGAAUCAGCGGCUGGCCAUCAGCGAGCGCCGCUCUUUGACUGGGAAUCGAACGCCUCCAGUGCCGGACCAUCGGCCACUUCAUGGGCAUCGUCAUCGGAUCAACCAAAGACGGGCGACGCCGGCCAGCAUCAUCACGGCAUUCAAGAAGUGACGACCACCCUGGGCCAAACGGCCUUCCUCCAUUGCCGAGUCCGUUACCUGGCCGACCGCAGAGUCCUUUGGAUGCGUCAGAGGGAUCUCCACAUUUUGACUUCGGGUCUUCACACGUACACCAACGACUGGAGGAUUUCGGCCGUCCACGUCACGGUCCGCCAGCCUCCGCAUUCCGGCCCAAUCAAAUCCAGCAGCAGCAGCAGCAGCAGCUUUCCUGCCUCGCCGUCGGCGGCAGUGGUGCCGCCAACGGGAUUCAGGUCGGCAGGAUCGAGAAACUCUUCGUCGUCGACUCCUGGUGGCGAUUCUUCCGUCUGGGACGACGAGGAAGGCGUCUGGAGUGAAUGGACACUGAGGAUACGCUCGACAGAGGCCAGAGACGCCGGCCUUUACGAAUGUCAAGUGAGCACUGAGCCGAAAAUCUCCAAGAUCUACCGACUGCACGUCGUCGUGUCGAAGGCGUCGAUCCUGGGCAGUGCCGAGUUGUUUGUCAAAAAAGGCAGCGACAUCAAUUUGACUUGCGUCACAGUGACGGACGAGCAUCAGCAGCCGCCGUCGGGGCUUCUGGCCGCCAGCCCGCCCGGCAACAAGACGCCGCACUACUUCACCUGGCACCACAACGGACAGGUGUUGAAUUAUUCGGCCCGCGGCGGGAUGAGCGUGACGACGGACACAAUCGAUGGUCAAAGCCGACUCCUGCUGGCCAGAGCGGGUCCUCGUGAUUCUGGCAAUUACACGUGCGUGCCCGGACCGGGAGCCACACCGGCCUCUGUCACCGUCCACGUCCUCAACGGUGAACAACCAGCGGCGAUGCAGAGGGAUAACGCUGGCUGCAUGGCGACACCUUGGUGGAGUUCUCUGCCUGGCCUGACCACGAAAUCAACUACCGGCAGUUCCUCCACGUCCUGCUGGACGGCGCUCGUCACAUUGGCCGUUUCAUCGUCGUGGUUGACUCGAUUUCAGCUCUGCCACGUCACUUGACCACUUUGACCACUUGCCACGUGAACCAUCACCUCC